AUGUCCAUCAUUUCAUUGGAAGAGGCGCUCAGCCACCUUCAGGCUCGGGAGGACGGAGUGCGCGAAGACGUCGUAGUAUUUGACAAAGACAUCGCCAAGUUGCAAGACACUUAUUCGCUCGCCGCUGAGACGCAGCAGUGGGCUCGCGUCUUCGCAACUCGGUUGGCGCGUGUCAACAAAGACUAUCGCCAGAAGGUCAAGUACGACUUACAGAGCGCUGGGCACAACCUCAAGCAUCUCUACGCGGAAGGGGGUGAUGGCGAUGGUCCUCACAGGUCCAUCUCCAUGCAGCUCCUUGUCUCCAUGAUCAUACAAGCCCUUGACUCCAAUCGUCGCAUGACCGCCCUCCUCGAUGAGUGCACCACGAUCCAGGACCGUCUCGCGAGCGAAGGUCGACUCGCUCUCGCAGACCGCGUCUUCAUGCGCAAGUCGCUCCCGGACCUCGUUCUGUGCAGCGAGCAAUUGGCCCUUCAAGGUGAUCAAGUCAAGGAUUUGUUCAAGAUGAUGAAGCCGGCUCUUUAUGUCAUCGCGUACGAGCGCGAUUCGAAGCGCUGCCAGCAGAUGCUGAGCGCUCGAAAGCUUACGAGGGACAAAAUCGAGCAAGAGGCGCGGCCGCCUUUCGGAGUUCUCUCCGCUCUUUCCCAAGAGCGCUCGUCAAUCGUGGAGCAGUCCGUGAAGUUCGCUAUCGAGGACGGAGUCGCGUGGUGCAGUCUUCCCACCGAGCAGGUUCCCCUCGAAGAACUCGAGCGGGAGCUCGUGAAAUACGACGCCCUCCGCGACCGCAUCCGCUCCCAGAAGGUCCCCCACAACGUCGCCCUCGUUCUACUCCGAGAGCUCGAGGCUUCCGCAUUGGCCACUCCCCCGACGCUUGCGGGCACAGAUGGGCAGGAGGUUCCUGUCGGCCUGUUCAGCAAGGCGUUCGAAGGGUACGAGCGUAUCCGCGCCAGCUGCAUAGAGAUGCUACAGCUCUCUGAGCCGAUCGUCGAGACUCUGGAGCAAGCUUGGAUCAUAACCAUGCGCGUCUCGUGGAUCCUGGUACUUUCGGCCCUGUUCGCCUUUGUCCUCCCGUUCCUGGUCAUAUACCUCCCAUACGCCCUCUUUUCCAUGUACAUGCAAGGCCUUCGUACGGCGUCUUCAUCCAUCCACAUCCAAGCGUCGAUGGAUUCGGUCUUCGAAAGCGCCACCGCGAUGUCAUGCCUGGUCCUGCCCGUUUCCGCCUUCGCCUUUGUGUGCCCCUCGAUUCCGGAGAGCUACCGCGAUAGCGCCCUCAUGCUUCAGCAGGUCAGCGGCGCACAGCAAACCUUCCUAGACCAGUUGACUCGCUAUGCACCUACCCCGGAGAUGUUCGCUAUCGUCUCUUCCAUUCAGCGAGCCGCCCGUUUCGCCUUUGUCUUCGACGGCGCGAUUGCUCUCCAAUCUGGGCACCCGCAGGGCCCUAAAGGAGAUGGAGCGGGUGGGGUGUUAUCAGACAUACACCAUUUGUGCCGCGAGUUACUUGUUUCUUUGCGCGAGGUUGGCCUCCACGUCGAGGUGGCUGUAGCACGCGUUGCAUCUAUCCAGAGUAGUGUCGUUGCAGGUCUUGUAGUGCUAGACAACGCCCGCGUAUACUCGGACCACCGUCUCCGUACAAACCCCCCUCGCUUCGACCGAAUCGUCGCCUUCUUCGCCAAUGCGAGCUCAGACUCCGCGCAACACGUCCUCCAAGAGGUGCAGCGUGCUAUUUCUAUCACCUCGAAUCUUUCCUCGACCCUCGAUCACUUUCGUCGGACCGCCGGGCCAGCGCGGAGCUGUGCGCCCGCGUCGAAGCCGCUUUGCGAUACAAUUUCCCCACUCUUCUAUCGUCACACUCCCCUCUCUUCGGUUUUCGAUCGACUCGCGCUGCUGCAAGUAACCCUACAGGAAGAACUCGAAGAGACCUCACCCGAGGUUGCUACGCCUCCAGCCCUCACAUUGUAUCCCGUCCAAGCUGUACGUGUGAUCCUGGAAGCGCAGCUCCGCGUCUACUGCAAGCAGCUGCUCGUUCUACGGCGGACGAGGCGGUUUAUGGAGUCAGGCAAGUUUGGAGCUGAACGAGUCCCGCGAGAUGGUACGGCGUAG